AGAAGGAAGGCGAGGGGAAAGCGAAUCAGCUUGGUCUCUUGCGUCGAAAGACACUUGCUAUUCCCAUAGAAGGAGAAAAGGGGGAGGCAGAAAGAGAAAAAUGGAGCAGAAGAAGGAGAAGAAUAAGUACAGCGUGAUAGUACCAACUUAUAAUGAACGCCUCAACAUUGCUCUCAUCGUCUAUCUCAUCUUCAAGCAUCUUCGGGAUGUAGAUUUUGAAAUAAUUGUGGUGGAUGAUGGGAGCCCUGAUGGUACUCAAGAAGUUGUGAAACAACUGCAGAAACUGUAUGGUGAAGAUCGUAUCCUAUUAAGACCUAGACCUAAGAAGCUUGGAUUGGGAACUGCUUACAUACAUGGUUUGAAGCAUGCUUCUGGAAAUUUUGUUGUAAUCAUGGAUGCUGAUCUAUCACAUCAUCCAAAAUAUUUGCCAAGCUUCAUCAAGAAACAGCUGGAAACUGGUGCCAGCAUAGUUACUGGAACACGGUACGUUAAAGGUGGUGGUGUGCAUGGAUGGAAUCUGAUGCGCAAGCUAACAAGUAGGGGAGCCAAUGUGCUUGCACAGACCCUUUUGUGGCCUGGUGUGUCAGACUUAACGGGAUCUUUCAGGCUUUAUAGGAAAUCAGUGCUUGAAGAUGUCAUUAGCUCCUGUGUUAGCAAGGGAUAUGUCUUUCAAAUGGAGAUGAUUGUUAGGGCUUCAAGAAAAGGCUACCACAUUGAAGAGGUUCCAAUAACUUUUGUUGAUAGAGUAUUUGGAAGUUCAAAGCUUGGAGGAUCCGAAAUUGUAGAGUAUUUAAAAGGCCUUGCAUAUCUUUUGGUCACAACAUGACACCUUCCUAUAAAUAUAGCCAACAUGAUAACAAGAAGUGACUGCUUGAGAUUUGCAGUGGUGAAUCUGCACGGCAAACAAUUUUUAUAGCUUGCUCUUAGAAGUUACCUUAUGUAACCUGACUUUCGAUGGCAAAUUUGGUUUAAGGGCUCAAAAAGUAUUUUACUUGGGGAAUGUUUUUCGCUGGAAACGAAGAGGCAAAAGCUUAUUUGCCAACUGUCUUUUUCUUCUGUAAAUUUGCCAGUUGUCAUUUUUGGUUAGUUUAGCCAGUUUACUAAACCAAAAGACAGUAACUUGUACUUACUUUGGUCUUUUCAAGUGAAGAAGAAGAAGAAGUAGACAGGA